AUGAGGGAUAUACUGGACGCUAUGAAACUCAUGGGAGCUCAACUGGUGACCUUGACUCAGGCGUUCACCCCGUUGGUGAAUCCGCCUAUGGGACAUGUUACUCCUCCGGUUCGUGUGGCUGCUCAAGUGACUGGUGUCCGUCCGAGGCAGGUAGAUGAGGUGGUGGAAAUCGACCCACCAGCUAGGCCUGUCCAACGUAUGGAUUACCUGAAGGUUCUGGAGCACAUCUCCAAGUUGGGGACUAAACACUUUGCUGGAAUUGUUGAUCCUAUGGAGGCAGAUGAGUGGAGGAGUCGGUUGGUUCGCAACUUCCGCUCAACUCGUUGCCCUGAGGAUUACCAGAAGGAUAUUGCAGUGCACUUCUUGGAAGGUGAUGCACACAAUUGGUGGUUGGCUAUUGAUAAGCGUACCAAUGGCACCAUUGAACGCUUUGCUGAUUUUGAGGUUGAGUUCAACCACAAGUACUUUCCAGCAGAGGCAUGGGAUCGUUUGGAGUCUAAGUUCUUGGACUUGGUCCAGGGACACAGGACGGUCCGUGAGUAUGAGGAAGAGUUUAACCGGCUCAGGUGUUAUGUGGGCAAAGAACUGGAGGACGAGGCAGUACAGGUCCGUAGGUUCAUCAGAGGCCUUAUGGCCGAGCUCCGGACCUAUUGCUCAGUCCGCACUUUCCACACUGUUUCUGAGUUGGUUGAGAGGAUGGCUAUGCUGGAGACUAACCUCGUAGAGGAGGUUAAGCAGAAAGUGAAGAGUGUGGUUGUAUCCACUGCUCAGGGUAGUGACAAGAAGAGAAAGAGGGACUCGGCUGAGGAGGGUAAAACCUCAAGUGGUAGGUCUGAGUGCCCUAAGUGUGGUCGAUACCAUGGUGGUGAGUGCUGGAAAGCCAUGGGGGCCUGUACUCGUUGUGGUAAGAUGGAUCACUCUGCCAGGGACUGUCCUAGUCCGGCAAGUGACUCCAGGACUUGUCACCACUGCGGCCAGAAGGUACACUACCGCAGGGACAGCCUUAAGAUGCAGAGUGGUCAGAGUAAGGGGCGUGCAGAGGCAAGCAAGCCGGUCCAGAGUAGGGGCCAGACCUCAUCACAGCGUGUGUACGAGCUGUCCAAAGAUAAGGAUGAGGCUCAGCCUUACAAGGCGAUCACUAGUAAUAUUCUAGACUUAUACUUUUCAAUUCCUGUAGAAUUGCAUGAUAUGAUCGAAAAGGGUAUGUUCCGGUAUGGAACCUGGAAUAGUCCUGACAGAGUGGUUGCGGCUGGAGGACAGAUUAUGAACCCACUAGGUCUGGUUAAGGACAUUCCAGUGAUGAUCUUGGACAGGCCGAUGCCUGUAGAUCUGAUUGUUGUCCCCCUAAAGAAUCAUGAGGUGAUCUUAGGUAUGGAAUGGCUUGGAAAGUAUCGGGCAACUCUUCAUUGUCACCGGGGAAGAGUGCAAUUUGAGAAUGAGUUUGGACCGCCGAUCAAGUUCCAAGGGAUAAAGCCGACCUCUUGUUGUUUGGUGGUUUCUGCAAUCCAGGUGGAAAGGAUGCUUGGAAAUUGUUGUGAGGCCUUCUUGUCUACCAUUUACACCGAUGAGGUCGUAGGGGGUGGUGACCCGGAUGGGAUACCGUUGGUCCGGGAGUUCCAGGAUGUGUUUGGGGCACUACAGGGAAUUCCCCCUUAUAGGGCUGACCCAUUCGUAAUAAAACUGGAGCCAGGAACGUCCCCAUUGUCCAAAAGUCCAUAUAGAAUGGCUCCGGCUGAUAUGGCUGAGAUGAAGAAGCAACUUGAGGAGGUGACUGUGAAGAACAAAUACCCAUUACCCCGGAUUGAUGAGUUUUUGGUUCAACUCCGUGGAGAAAAGUGGUUCUCCAAGAUUGAUUUGGCCUUUGGAUAUCAUCAGAUUCCAGUUGCACACGAUGAUAUAAGGAAGACCGCGUUCUGA